GUUACCUCUCUCUCUCUCUCUCUCACUAUGCUUCUCCGGCUCCGGUCCCUCUUUCUCUGCCUCACUAUUCACUUCGCUCUAACCGCCGCCGCGUUCUUCAAGCCCUUCAACGUCAGCUACGACCACCGCGCUCUCAUCAUCGAUGGCCGCCGCCGCAUGCUCAUCUCCGCCGGCAUCCACUACCCCCGCGCCACUCCCGAGAUGUGGCCUGAUUUGAUUGCAAAGAGCAAGGAAGGCGGCGCCAAUGUGAUCCAGACCUAUGCAUUUUGGAGCGGCCACGAGCCAAAGAGAGGACAGUACUACUUUGGAGGGAGAUAUGAUAUCGUCAAGUUUGUCAAGUUUGUGGGAGCUAGUGGACUCUAUCUCCAUCUUCGCAUAGGGCCUUACGUCUGCGCUGAGUGGAACUUUGGUGGCUUCCCGGUGUGGUUGCGGGACAUACCUGGAAUAGAAUUUCGAACAGAUAAUGCACCUUUUAAGGAAGAGAUGCAGAAGUUUGUUAAAAAGAUGGUGGAUCUGAUGCGGGAAGAAGAGCUAUUUUCUUGGCAAGGUGGUCCAGUAAUUAUGCUACAGAUUGAAAAUGAAUAUGGAAAUAUCGAAAGCUCAUUUGGCCAGAGAGGGAAGGAAUACGUUAAGUGGGCUGCUAAGAUGGCUCUAGGUCUUGGUGCUGGGGUCCCAUGGGUCAUGUGCAGGCAAGUUGAUGCUCCAGAAAGUAUUAUAGAUGCAUGCAAUGGAUACUACUGUGAUGGAUACAAGUCAAAUUCGCAUAACAAGCCAAUUCUAUGGACAGAAGAUUGGGAUGGAUGGUAUGCAUCAUGGGGAGGAAGAUUGCCUCACAGGCCUGUUGAAGAUCUCGCAUUUGCAGUAGCACGGUUUUUCCAGCGUGGAGGAAGCUUUCAGAAUUAUUAUAUGUAUUUUGGUGGUACAAACUUUGGGCGGACUUCUGGGGGGCCAUUCUAUAUUACCAGUUAUGAUUAUGAUGCUCCAAUUGAUGAAUAUGGUCUGCUGAGUGAACCUAAAUGGGGACAUCUGAAGGAUCUACAUGCUGCUAUAAAGCUUUGUGAGCCUGCUCUUGUUGCGGCUGAUUCACCGCAUUACAUUAAAUUGGGACCAAAUCAGGAGGCACAUGUAUACAGUACAACAGUUCACAUUAAAGGCUUGAACUCUACCUUGCUUGCUAGAAGUCAGAGCCAAUGCUCUGCCUUCCUGGCAAACAUAGAUGAACGUAAAGCAGCCUCUGUUACAUUCCAGGGUCAAAAGUAUAUUCUUCCACCAUGGUCAGUCAGCAUACUGCCAGACUGUAGGAAUGUUGUGUUCAACACUGCCAAGGUUCGGGCACAAACUUCCAUAAAAGGGGUAAACUUGGAUUUGCCUCUUUCUUCAGUUAUUUCGGAGAACAGAGAUUUGUAUUCCACAAAACCCUGGAUGAGUAUGAAAGAGCCAAUUGGUAUUUGGAGCGAGAAAAAUUUCACAGUCACAGGAAUAUUGGAGCAUUUAAAUGUGACAAAGGAUUGUUCUGAUUACCUAUGGCAUUUAACCAGAGUAUUUGUUUCAGAUGAUGACAUUUCUUUUUGGGAGGAAAGCAAGAUUAGUCCAGCAAUUACAAUUGAUAGUAUGCGUGAUGUGUUGCGUGUAUUUGUUAAUGGCCAGCUUACAGGCAGUGUGAUCGGUCAUUGGGUCAACGCAGUGCAGCCUGUUAGGUUUGUCAAGGGAUAUAAUGACUUGUUGCUGUUAACUCAGACAGUUGGCUUGCAGAACUAUGGAGCAUUCCUUGAGAAAGAUGGGGCAGGAUUUCGAGGACAUGUCAAACUUAUUGGCUUUAAAAAUGGGGAUAUCGACCUCUCAACAUUGUCAUGGACUUACCAGGUUGGGCUUAAAGGAGAGUUUUUCAAAGUAUACUCCAUAGAAGAAAAUGAGAAGGCAGGUUGGGCUGAGUUGUCGCCAGAUGCUGAUCCAUCCACUUUUACCUGGUACAAGACACACUUUGAUAGCCCUGCUGGCACACAACCAGUUGCUCUUGAUUUAGGAAGCAUGGGAAAAGGGCAGGCUUGGGUCAAUGGCCAACACAUAGGAAGAUAUUGGACACGUGUUGCUCCAAAAGAUGGAUGUCAAGAAUUCUGUGAUUAUCGAGGGGCAUACAACUCUGAUAAGUGCUCAACAAACUGUGGGAAGCCUACUCAAAUCUGGUACCAUAUCCCAAGGUCAUGGCUGCAGGCUUCAGAUAAUUUACUUGUUAUCUUUGAAGAAACUGGAGGGAAUCCAUUGGAGAUUUCAAUCAACUCACGUGCAGUUGGAACCAUAUGUGCCCAAGUGUCAGAGUCUCACUACCCACCUGUCCAGAAAUGGUUCAAUCUUAUGGAUGAAAAAGGCAGAGUAAAUGAUCAGACACCAGAAAUUCACUUGCAAUGUCAAGAGGGGUAUAUAAUAUCUUCCAUAGAAUUUGCUAGCUACGGAAGUCCUCAAGGUCAUUGCCAGAAGUUUUCUCAAGGGAAUUGCCAUGCUUCGAAUUCCUUCUCCAUAGUUUCCGAGGCUUGCCUGGGAAAGAACAGCUGUUCAAUCGGAGUAUCAAAUCUUGUAUUUGGAGCCGACCCAUGCCGGGGUAUUGUUAAGACGUUGGCUGUUGAGGCAAGAUGCAGAUCACAAUCAGCCAUUGGUUUUUCUCAGCUCUGAGUAGGCCGAGCAGCUAUUGUAAAGAAUGCCUGAAACAACUAGCCUGGUAUGAUCUGAUUCUCGGGGUGAAGUGCAUGCAAAGAUGUUGGCAUUUGGCUAAUCAGAUGAUUUCAAGGUGUAAAUAUAAAUAAAAGCUACUUGGACGAACAUUCAGGGUGGAAAUACUAAUUUGUAUAUAUCUAUGGAAGAAUUAUUUUAUUGUUGUGUAUAUAUACACCCCAUGAAUUACAUAAAUGGAGCACAUUCAGUAACAGCUACUAUACCAAAGUAAAUAAUUGAUUGAUAAUGAGUUUCUUA